AGUUCUGUUGGGAGCGCUCAGUGGAUUCACCAGUGAGUCUAACAUUUCAUUCCUCAUCACCACAGGAUUUGUUAUCUAAAGGUGAGUAUAAAUCCAGAUUUGCUGUUUUAGAUGAUUGUUCAAAAUAUAUAUAACAAGUAAGUUAUGAACAAUGAUGUGUUUUUUUUUGUGAAGGUGAGGACUGAGGGAACUGUAUAAGCAAGUGUACCAGUGUUAAGUUUCUAACGGGUAGGGGAGAAACAGCUUUGCCGGUCUAGUGUUCUUAUAUUAUGUAGACUGCACCCAAUUCUGCUAAUGGACCGAGCUGCUGGCAAAGAUUCAAGUGUCCCUUUAUAACUAAUAAUUCUCUUAUCUUCAGUGGCACUAAUAGAGAGGCAGGGGGAGAGAGAGACAGAUGGAAGGAGGGUGUGUUUAACUGUGAGAUCAUGGAGUAAAAUAAAAAAAAGAAGCUGUACAGAAUACAUUUACAAGUUUUUCCUUAUAACAUUUUGUACUACCUUGUUUGGUGUUGUGUAUGUUUUCCGCAGGCAAGCAUGAUAAUGCUGAAAGUUUGGACUCUCCUUCUUGCUUAUGCGCUGAUGGUUUGUCAGAUGUACAUCUCGCAGGCAGCUCCCUCCAGGUAAGAGAUGUAGGAUUAUUCUGAAGAGUGUCAAAACACAGCACUUGUUAAAAUUAUUGACAUUUUACAUCACAUAGAUUCUGUAUAUAGUGAACUAAAGUAAAAGAAUAAGAACCAUUUUAUUUCUGAUCAGAUUUUAAGAGAGAUGUUGCAUCAAUAUUUUAUUAACAUUGCCUUGAAUUCCUAUCACUGUAAAUAUUUGGACUUAGUAAGGAGUUGAUGUCAGAUGGAAUCACACUGUCGGAUGAUGAUGCACAAAAGCUGCUCAGAGCGAUCAAGGAAUUCAUGCAGAUCACCUCUGAUGAGCAGGACCCCCAAACAGCUGAUGGAAACAGGUAUGACUUACAGCUGUUAGAUAAUUAAUUAUAUUACUCAAAUUAACCUAAAGAUGAUGAUGAUGAGUUCAAAGUCCUUGUACCGCAAAGAAUCGUGCUUUCUAUCUAUCUAUCUAUCUAUCUGUCUAUCUGUCUAUCUAUCUAUCUAUCUAUCUAUCUAUCUAUCUAUCUAUCUAUCUACCAUUAGUUGAAAUAUAACUCGCUUAUGUUUAUAAGCCCAACAGCUCUACCAUUUUGCAAAACUAUUAAGGUAUAGACAGUCAAAUUCAUGCAGAUCUACUCUGUCAUAACCCUCUCAUGCAUUGCAUGGAUGGCAGUGACUCAUUCAUUCAUUCAUUCAUCAUCUCACACUCCUUCAAGACAGUACCUUGUCAGAAAAAAACAUUGACAUUGUGUUCAGAAAAAUUAACGUAUCAUAAUAGCAUGAUGACUAAACUGUGAUAUUUUGGUAAAUGGGCUGUAUGCACAUGCCUGUUGAAUCUGUUAGCAUGCGUUGUAAGUGUUUAUUUAUCACAGCCUUCCUGUUUAUGCAUGGUAAUUUAGAGAAACAAUGUGCAUGUAAUUGUUGAUGUUCAUCUGCAUGUCACAGUUACUGCAAGCCUUUUUCUGCAUGUUUGUCUCUGUCUCUAACAGCCGAGAUAGACCCAUGUCUAAACGCUGCACCAGCUUGAGCACUUGUGUGUUGGGCAAACUUUCCCAGGAUAUUCACAAACUACAAACCUUUCCCCGCACCGACGUGGGAGCAGGGACGCCUGGGAAGAAGCGAAGUCUAUCUGGGCAAUAUGAAAACUUCAGCAACCUUCUUAACUGAAACCCUGAAUUUUUAAUUUUUUUGUAUCUGUUUUUCUUAAACCUUUGCUCGUCCAUUUAGCUUUAUUCUUUUAAGAGACUGCUUUUGCAUGUGAAUCCUGUGCUUUUUUUUUCCACCAGUGGACAUUAGAGAUAUGACAGAGACCUCAAAACUAUGGAUCAGCCAAAAGAGCUGUUUUUGCAAAUUUCUAAAAUACAAUAAAAUGUAGCGACAACUAAAAUCUCCCUAAUGUUAAAUUGUUUUAUGACUAUGUGCCUUUUAAAAGUCAUUACACUUUAAUGCAGUCAAGAUUGAUAACAGACAAAAACCAAUGAAUAAACAAAUGGAGAAAAGGGUAAGUAUAGUCACAUCUGCACCUCAUUCACAGUUAUAAAGGUAUAUUCUUCUACUUAUUGCUGUUAUGUUUGGGAUGUUGUUAAAAUCUGAUGUCUGAUUUGAACCUUGGGGUUUAUAAAAAUGUGUUUAUCCUUUUUCUUCUUACAAGUAAUGCCACAGCACAGAAGAGGGCGUGCAACACCGCCACAUGUGUAACUCACCGCUUGGCUGACUUCUUGAGUCGGUCAGGAGGGCUGGGACAUGCAAACUUUGUUCCCACCAAUGUGGGCGCCCAGGCGUUUGGCAGACGAAAGAGGCAUGGACCUUUGUGAGCACAAGACUGAUGCAAGGUAUAUUAGUACUGGGAAAACAUGCACAAUCACAAAAUCAAUGUUUUUUUUUUCUACAACUUUGUCUAUAGAGUGUACAUUGUGAAGAAAACGGUGAAAUAUCUGUUGUUUGGUGAACCUUGAAAGUAAAACCUGUUGGAACCUGGUCGGCAGGUACAAAAAGGAAGCACUACUGACUCCACUGACUCUUCUCUUUGGCUCCCUAGGACCAAGUGCCUCCUUCAAGUGACAAACAGCAUCCUCCUCCUCAUCAUUAUCAUCAUCUGGCUCCAUUCCCUUGGAAACAAUCGCAUAUAUUCCUCACAAACAUGGGCUAACAUCUUGCUUUGAGACGAUGACCUGAAAAUUGUCAGUAUUCAAAUGUUAGUCUGUGCUUUGAUAAAGAGUAUAGCUAGCGUUGGUAUAUUUGUCAUCCUGGAAAUGUAGUUGAGAAAGAUAGUUUCUUUUGCUCAGAGAUUCAAGUAUAGAUAAAUAUAGAUAGCUUUCUUUGUGUUGGUCUGAGCCUCAGCUGUACUACUGGCCUCUGUCUGUAGCGCAGUGCGUGGAACCGGAUGUCUUUUGCCGUCCAACAAAACCUUCAACAACUGUGGCUGAUUUGUUCAUUGCUGUAAAACAUGAUAUUACAUUCCAUUGUGGUGCAAAAUGCAACUGUGAAAAAUGUGCAAGGUUCUUAAUAUUGUAAUAAUUGUGAACUGAAAGCAGAAUAAAGUGUAUUUUAGAUACAUCAGGC